AUUUAAAAUUGUUGUUUUGAAAUAAACAUUAUUAUAACCUAUAACUGUGAUAGAAUAAAGAAACUAUAGUCCAGCUAUGAUAAAAGCGACACUUAGUUUUGAGAUCGUUGUAAAUGUACACAACUAACCAAUUUGUUUCAUUGUCAUUCAGAAUUGUUAAGACUUGCGUGUUCAAUGUGAUUAGAUAGUGCAAUCAAAUCACUCAAUAAUCUGACCGACACUACAACCCUAGCAGUCACGGUGUAACCUCAACUAAAACAGCAAUGUUAUCGUCGCCAGCUAAGCAGCGGCUGGUCCGGUGGCUGGAGGAUCACCGCGAGCUGGUCGUAUGCGUGUUCUGCCUGCCAGCCAGCUUCCUGUUCUCGGUGCUGCUGAGGGUGCGAGCAUUCCUGCGGAACCUCUUCAGCGACCCCAACCGGCAUGACAGUGCCGUCAGGGGAAUACAGGCCAAGGUACAACAAUGGAACAAGUUGCCAGAAAAAGACAGACGCCUGCUCUGCAUCUCACGGCCCAACUGGCUCUCGCUGUCUACCACCUUCUUCCCGAAGCACCUUCACCACCAGGUCGCAGUACCGCUGUACGACAUACUGCAGCUGGACGAGCAGGCUAUGACCGUGACGGUGGAGCCAAUGGUCACCAUCGGCGCCAUUACUGAGUACUUGAUACCCAGGGGAUAUUCUUUAGCAGUCACCAUAGAGCUCACUGACGCUACUUUGGGAGGUCUGGCCUUCGGUACGGGGAUGUCAACACACUCGCACAAAGCUGGUCUUUACCAUGAAACAAUUACCAGCUACGAUGUGAUUCUCGGCGAUGGCUCUCUGGUUACAGCCACGGCAAAUAACGAGAACUCCGAUCUUUACAAAGCCUUACCCUGGAGUCACGGCAGCUUAGGAUUCCUCGUAGCACUGACAUUAAAAAUAGUCAAAAUAAAGCCCUUCAUCAAAAUCAAGUACAUUCCAGUUAAAGGGCAGAAGAAAUACUGCGACAUGAUCAGAGAACUUUCUGGGGCUAACGAACAGAAUCCUGAGGUCUUCCCUGAUUACAUUGAAGGCACUAUAUUCAGCAAAGAAGAAGCUGUAAUUAUGAUUGGUGACUAUGCUGAUUACGAUCCAAAAAUAACAGUUAACCGGUGUUCCCAAUGGCAUAAACCUUGGUUUUACAAACACGUCGAGAGCUUCUUGAGGAAAGGAGAGUCGGUUGAGCUGAUACCACUACGAGAUUAUUUGCUGAGACACAACAGAGCUAUAUUCUGGGUAGUGGAAGACAUGUUAUCGUUCGGUAACAAUCCUUUAUUCAGACUCCUUUUCGGUUGGCUACUUCCCCCAAAACCGGCCUUCCUUAAAUUCACAACAACACCCGGCAUAAGGGCGUACACGUUCGUGAGACAAGUGUUUCAGGAUAUCGUGUUACCAAUCAAAGAAUUGGAGAAACAGAUCGAAACCGCCAGUGUACUGUUCGAGAAGUUUCCGCUGCUGGUAUAUCCGUGCAAAAUAAUUGAUCGUGGUCCAUCGUCUGGUCAACUUAAGCAUCCUGAUAAAAAGUAUCUAGUUCCAGGUACUGAUUACGCGAUGUAUAACGAUUUGGGAGUUUAUGGCGUUCCUGGUAAGGUUAAAGAGAAAAAGGCGUAUAACCCAGUGGACGCUAUGAGGAAAAUGGAGAAGUUCACGAGAGAUGUAGGCGGGUAUUCGUUCUUAUACGCAGACCUAUUUAUGACGAGGGAAGAAUUUGAAGAAAUGUUUGAUCUGUCGCUAUAUGAGAAAGUGAGGAAGAAGUAUAAAGCGGAGGGCGCAUUCCCGCAUUUGUACGAUAAAGUGAAGCCCGAGAUUGACGUGUUUUCCAUCGGUGAAGAGCACGCUAUAAAAGACUGAUGAUGUGUAAUGAUAUGUAACGAAGUCAUAAGUUUAAAAUUGUAAUUGUUAUAGUUUGUUUAUUUAUUUCCAUUCUUAAAAACUUAAACUUAUUCUUAAACUAUUUAUACAUUUAGUCUCCUUCUCAACUGUUUGAUAUUCGUACUGUCUUAUAAGGGUUAGGAAAACCACCGAAAUAACUGGAACAGUGCAAAGGGUAAUCGUUAACUCGUAUAUUCAGAAGGGCGUGUGAUGUGCAUGUAUCCCCACAAGUACCAUUCCAAUGCUUGCUCGCUUCUUACCAGCAAACACCAUAUAGCAAGAGCCAGCAGGCGUCAAAGCAAGUCCCAUAUCUGGGGCCCUGCAUAUCACUUCCUUCAACCUAGUACAUAUACAUUACAACUAGUUUAAGCAGUGUGUACAUACUAUAUAUACAUAUUUUAAAAAUUGUCUUCCUGUGCCUAAAAAUAGUACUAAUUUAAAAAAA